ACUGCUUCUAAUCAUAUGAUGCAUAACUGAACUUCUGCAUAACCUACAGUGCAAACACCCAAAAUAUUAAAUCCAUCAAAAAUAAUGAUAGUCCACUAGAGUUUUAAUUACUUGCUUGAAAAAGGGAGGAAGUGAACCUUUGCAAACCUGCCCACAAACACAUGGUUUCUUUUUUUGUGCAUUAUAGUUUUAUUUAUCUUCCUUCUUUGUCUUGACUGAAAUUGGUAUUCAAGAAUAAUAAAAGGUUUAAUAUUCUUUGCAGGAAUAACAGACUCUAACCAUAAACAAUGACUCAGAGGAGAAAUAUUUAAAACAAGAUAUAUUAUCAGUUCUUUUAUGUGAUAAACAUUUUUAUCAAACUUGGUAAUUGGAACAUUGGAUGUUGGACCAUGGAUACGUUCCUUUGUAGAGGCUAAAAAAUAAUGUUUAUUGUGAUUUAGUCUAAAUAUUUUGUUGAAUUUGUGACAAUCAACCUCCUUGAAAAGAAAUUGUAUUGAAGCAAUUUUUUUUGGGGGGGGGGAAAUAAAACUGUCUUUAUUCUGUCUUUUACUAGUUUUUCUUUUUAAGAGCCUUAAAAGCAGCUGACUCAUUUGAGUUCUUUUUUUUUUUCAUGCUACUCCCAUCAGCUUUCAACACAGCUCUUACACUCUAAUCUGAAAUUGUUCGGAUUAAUGGGGCGGCCAACCCUUUAUCCAUAAUUCUGUUUCCCCUCCUCCAGUUCCUUGCUGUCCCACACACACAGACACACACACACACACACACCCUCCCACACAAAGCCUCAGUCCUGCCAGACUAGUCAUUUUGAGAAGUACAACGUUUGAAAGGCUGAAAGAGAAAGAGGGUGUGUCCCAAUACAAGGAAUCGCAGAUGACAAGGCGGGGUGUGACAGAUAAACCGUGGAAGCCCUGCUUUUAGGUUUGGUGUGUGCGAGCAACAAGGGUUAGACAGAAACAUGAUAGCGAGUCAGAGCCAGAGCCAGAGUUCGGCAGCACAAGGUCGUUUCAGCCCAGAUAUGACCGAGCGCUCCCACCCCAGCCCGUCACUCUCCACCACCCUGCUGCCGUACCAUAGCAUCACACCAAACGUCUCAAAGCUCAUCAGGACGGCCCAGUAGGAUUUAAUGUGGCAUCAUUCACCUGCCGCAGUUCUCAGUGGACCAAUAGGAUCUGGGACUGCAGCAAAUGCGCUAAGAGGAGUCGCUGUGCACAGCAGCGGUGCAUGUGAUUGCCUUCACCUCCUUGUACUCUAUGGAGCUGCAGGCGUGGGAUGCGAUGGACCUAACAUGGAAUUUGGGCUUUUAAGAGACAUCUGAGAGCAGAAAGGGAAUAAAACUCUGAGAGGAGGACCAAGAAAGAACAGGGAGGGAGGCUAAGAGGGUGAUGGGAAACAUCAACAAAACUUCCAAAAAGAACAGUAAAAGGGAGAAGGAAGCGUCCCCCACAGAGCGAAGUGGUGUCCCAGUGGCUUCAGCCAUGCUGGGUCCCCUGGGAGGGACGGGGGAGGUGGACACCGACGAGGAGGAGGAGGAGGAGGAAGGAGGGAGCGGUCGUGCGUUUGAUGACCCCUUGUGCACUCUGGUUAAGAACUGCAACAUGUUGCACAACAUAGUCGGGCCUGCUUGCAUCUUCCUCAGACAGGGCCUCGCGCAAAGCCAACUUGACAGAGAUCUACGGCCAGAAGAAAUGGAAGAGCUGCGUGAGGCCUUCAAGGAGUUUGACAAAGACAAAGAUGGCUUCAUCACUUGUAAGGACCUGGGCGAGUGCAUGAGGACAAUGGGAUACAUGCCAACUGAGAUGGAGCUGAUAGAGCUCAGCCAGCAGAUCU